AACGCACCAAAUGAACUCUUUCCCUGCCAUGCCAUUUCAAUCUUCCACUCUGCAAUAACACGACUCUGUAACUAAUCCCUUCCUAAGUUUUCACCCUGUUUGCUCAUUCAUUCCUCCAAACUUCAUGUCCAACACUUAUAAUUAUUAUUUUAAAAGAGGGUAAAUAAAUGGGUAGUAGCAGUAGGAGGUGUUUGAGCUUCACCACUUGGCGUGACCGGUACUUGCGGUAUUCCUUCUCCCGGGCCGGACUCAAAUCCACAACCACCGAUCUCGGCGACGGCACCAUCAUGCAUUGUUGGGCCCCCAAGGCCCAUAACCACUCCACCACUUCCCUUCUUCUCAUCCACGGCAUCGGAGCCAACGCCACGUGGCAGUGGAACCACUUCAUCUCCCCCCUCACGCGCCACUUCAACGUAUACGUCCCCGACCUGCUCUUCUUCGGAGAUUCCCACACGACACGACCCGAGAGGUCGGAGUGGUUCCAAGCGAAGUGCGUGAUGGCUCUGCUGGAGGCUCUAGGGGUCCGCCAAACAAGCGUGGUGGGGCUGAGCUACGGCGGCUUUGUGGCGUAUGCUGUGGCGGCGAUGUUCCCGGAGAGGGUGGAGAAGGUGGUGGUGUGUUGUGCUGGCGUGUGCUUGGAGGACAGGGACAUGGAGGAUGAGGGAAUGUUUUGGGUUAAAAGUGUUGACGAGGUUGUUAGUGUUUUGCUGCCGCAGACACCGCAGAAGGUUAGGGAACUGCUGCAGCUUACCUUCGCCAACCCUAUCAAACUCUUGCCAACUUGUUUUCUCAAAGAUUUCAUUCAUGUGAUGUGUACAGAGUACCGGCAGGAGAGGACAGAACUAAUUCAAGCAUUGCAUAAGGAUAGAAAACUGUCUAAUCUUCCUAAGAUAACCAAGCCUAUUCAAAUUAUCUGGGGAGAGCAGGACCAGGUAUUCCCACUGGAGUUAGCUCACAGACUGAAGAGGCACGUAGGAGAGAAGGCACAACUUGUAGUCAUUACGAAUGCAGGGCAUGCAAUCAAUGUAGAGAAGCCUAAUGAGCUGUGCAAGAAUUUAAAAUCCUUCCUCAUUGAUCCAUCCAAGCAAGAAAAUCACAGCAAUGGUCUAAAGGUUGACCCUCAGAAGCAGAAAAACUUUUCAGCAUUGUGGAUAUGUAUGUUUCUCGAUUAUUUUAUGCAACAGCUAUGAGCCAUAUUUUAUGUUGGGAAAAAGUGAGAGAACCUUAGUACUAUAUAUCUCUGCUACCAAUUUAAACUUGAAAGGAUUACAUGUUGUAGUGUGGUUUGCAAAUGUUGAGCGUCACUAGUGUGUUUGUGUCCCAGAUGGUAAACAUAUUUUGUUUAAUUUGUCAAAAAGGAAAAUAUCCGACCUGCCGGAUUCGAACCAGCGACCUAAGGAUUUCAGCUAGGGAUCCCCACUACAGUCCUCCGCUCUACCAACUGAGCUAAGGUCGGAUGAUGGUAGAAUCCGUGUUAGGAAAGUAUAAGAAGUAUAAUAACAUUUGAAGCAUAUUCCACAUCUAUUCAAGCAAAUAGUGAGUUUGCUGUUA